GAGCUAUAAAAAGCAAAAUUUACUUCGUAAAGAAAAUGUUUUUAGACUCCAAACAAGUUCUCAGUGUAACUGUUCUUCAGUUCUUCAUCCUCUACGUCAUCAAAGACUCUUCUCUGGCCUCCAUGUCUCCAGAGGUACCACAGUCCCACGCCCAUCCAAAUGAGACUCUUUCACGGACACUAGGGAGUGGGAAAAGAGAAAGCAGUGGCUCAUGCGACGGAUGGAGAGCCUUUUCCUCUUGGGGCAAAAGGUCAAUAGACUCUCAAAUGGAUAGGUCAAAAGACUCAGACGUUGAAAAAAAGUUGAAAGAAAUGCCCGGAUGGGGCAAAAGGUCAAAAGACUCAGACGAUGAAAAAAAAGUUGAAAGAAAUGCCCGGAUGGGGCAAAAGGUCAAAAGACUCAGACGAUGAAAAAAAGUUGAAAGAAAUGCCCGGAUGGGGCAAAAGGUCAAAAGACUCAGACGAUGAAAAAAAGUUGAAAGAAAUGCCCGGAUGGGGCAAAAGGUCAAAAGACUCAGACGAUGAAAAAAAGUUGAAAGAAAUGCCCGGAUGGGGCAAAAGGUCAAAAGACUCAGACGAUGAAAAGAAGUUGAAAGAAAUGCCCGGAUGGGGCAAAAGGUCAAAAGACUCAGACGAUGGAAAUAAGUUGAAAGAAAUGCCCGGAUGGGGCAAAAGGUCAAAAGACUCGGACGAUGAAAAAAAGUUGAAUGAAAUGCCCGGAUGGGGCAAAAGGUCAAAAGACUCAGACGAUGAAAAAAAGUUGAAAGAAAUGCCCGGAUGGGGCAAAAGGUCAAAAGACUCAGACGAUGAAAAAAAGUUGAAAGAAAUGCCCGGAUGGGGCAAAAGGUCAAAAGACUCAGACGAUGAAAAAAAGUUGAAAGAAAUGCCCGGAUGGGGCAAAAGGUCAAAAGACUCAGACGAUGAAAAAAAGUUGAAUGAAAUGCCCGGAUGGGGCAAAAGGUCAAAAGACUCAGACGAUGAAAAAAAGUUGAAAGAAAUGCCCGGAUGGGGCAAAAGGUCAAAAGACUCAGACGAUGAAAAAAAGUUGAAAGAAAUGCCCGGAUGGGGCAAAAGGUCAAAAGACUCAGACGAUGAAAAAAAGUUGAAAGAAAUGCCCGGAUGGGGCAAAAGGUCAAAAGACUCAGACGAUGAAAAAAAAUUGAAAGAAAUGCCCGGAUGGGGCAAAAGGUCAAAAGACUCAGACGAUGAAAAAAAGUUGAAAGAAAUGCCCGGAUGGGGCAAAAGGUCAAAAGACUCAGACGAUGAAAAAAAGUUGAAAGAAAUGCCCGGAUGGGGCGAAAGGUCAAAAGACUCAGACGUUGAAAAAAAGUUGAAAGAAAUGUCCGGAUGGGGCAAACGUGAGAAAGAAGACCUCGAAAAAAGAUGGAGGGAAACGGCCCCAUGGGGAAAAAGGAACAACUCAAGCGCGUUUUCGAAAAACUACCAGCAUUUAAUAGACAAGUGGGAGAAGAGGCCAAGCAGGGAUACAAGCUUUAGCAGCUGGGGAAAGCGAUCAGAAACAGACGACCAGUUCGAUGUUGAGGAAUACCUGCUUUAAACAAAGUUAAACACAGCUCCUGAAGAAAUGAUGACGUAAUAUGGACGCUGCCCGAGGGUGAUCCUGUCAGGAACCACCCCUCACAGCUGCCACGGCGGUGAUACCAGCCCACUAAACUGCAAUAGCUACAACAUAUUUUAACACAACUCGAUUGGAAGUUUUAGUUUUAUUUUAUUUUUGUUACUUACCUCCCUUGUGUUUUUGCGAAUGGCGUGAAAAAAAGUGUAUACUAUAUUCGUUGGAUUAAUUAAUUCUGUUGUGAUUUUGAUACAAGUGUGCCAAAAUUGUUAAGUUAUUUUGUGUGUGUGUGUGUAAACUUGCCCGGCCUGCACACCAACUGAAAUUCUGCGUUUAUUUAAGAUUGUUCAAAAUGUUGAACUUAAUAUAACCACUUACAUUCGUUAAAUGUUUUCUUAAUUAACUCUCGUAUAAAAAUUUAAUAACAUUUCACCUUGCUCAGAUUUCGAUACAUAUUUUGAUUUUAUUUUUCAAAAUUUGAAAUUAAUGAAAGAAUGACAAAAAAAUUUUUUUUUUACACGCCACUCGCAAUGGACGAAACUAAAAUAGAAUUCAAAGUUUGUCGGUAAUUAACAUGCAGUCUAGUCGAGGAACGUGAUCGUGAUUCUGCAUUUGAUUUCUUUGAUUUCCUUGCGUAAUAUGGUGGUAACGCCACCUAUCUCCAGUCGCAUGGACCCAAUUGUCCACCUUAUAAGGAUCGCAAAUAACAUUGUCUCUUCCACCUUGUUGCAUGUGGGCGAUAAUGCCGGCAGCUUUUGACUUUGUUCUUUGAUGAUUAUCUCACCCCUUUGACAUAUAAGGAGCUAUGAAAGACAGCAGUGACAGCAUGUCACAAUAUUUAGGUGUUUAUCCUUUGUGUUUAAGACACUUCCGUAAUCUCCAGUCGCUUGACCCGAUGGUUCACCUUAUAAGAAUAGCAACUAGCACCGUCUCUUCUCUUCAUGCCUUAUUUCGAUUGUUGUCAAGAUAGAACACAUAUUUUGCGAUACUAUUAUUUUUUAUGCUUGUCGGCCUUAUGGUUUGUCGGCCUUAUGUCCUGUCGGCCUUUUGGCUGUCGACUUUAUGUCCUGACGGCCUUAUGUCCUGUCGGCUUUUUGGCUGUCGGCCUUUU